AUGAAAAUAAAGAAUAAAAAAUGUGAAGAGCUCUUAUUAUUUUCAUUGUUCUUUCACAAUGCAGUAUAAAUAUACUAUUAUGGAAUGAAAUCAUUGUGGUUUCUAAUUUAUCUUUUACAGAUAUUCAAAUAAGAAAAACAUAAUAAAAUACUUAAAUAUUGUAAAUUUAUUUAAUUAGCUAUCAGUAUAACUAUAUAUUCUAUUUAAUAUGAUGGAUUGUUGGAUAAUGCUUAUUUUUAAUAACUCAAUAAUUAUAUAGCUAUUUUUAUUUAUCAAAUAUUCAAUUAAAAUAAAUAUGAUUCAAAAAUUGACAAAGCAGAAAAUUUAAUUAUUUAAGAAAUAAAAAAAUUAAUAAUUUUUAAAUUAUUUGAUCAAUAAUUUAAUGAGAUAUCAAAGAUAACUUCUAAUAAAUAUAUUCAAAUCACUAAAAAUCAAUAGGAUGAAAAUCAACAUUUUCAAAUUAAGGCUUAUUAAGAUAAAGAAGUAGCCUUUACUCCUUAGAAUUAAUGUGAUUGGAAACCUACCUAACUAUUUAAUGAUUAUUAAAGUUUUAUCGAACAUAUUCACAAUUUAGAAAGUUUAGAUUCUUAAAUGUGUUAUCAUUAUAUUGCUACAUAAUAUGAUAUAGUAAAGAAGAUUAAAACAAAAUAUAAAGUAUUAUACAAAGAACUUGGAAAAUAAGACUUGAUCAUAAUUGCAUUAGUUCGAAUUGAUAAUUUUACAGAAAAAUAAAUGAUUUUGAAAUUCAAUAAAUUUAAAAAAUACUUCUAUGAUAUUUUUGCUCAUAAAUUAAAAACACCCUUAAAUGCUUCUUUAGGCUUUUUAUCAUCUGCUUACAAUUAUACAGAAAUGGACAAUACUAUUAAAUAAAAUUAUAUUAAACCAGCAUAUAUUAAUUCUAAAUUGUAAUAUUUUUAAAUAUCAGAUCUUUUGGAAUUUUUAAAUCCAUAAAGUGAUUAAAGUAGAAUAUAAUUUUGUAAAAUUAACAUGAAAUCAUUUUUGUAUACACUUAAUGAAUUAAUUGAAUCCUAAUGUUAAAAUAAGAAGAUCCUCUUUUAGGUUUAUGUAGAGAGAGUUCCCUUAAAUAAUAUUGAGAAGUAAAUUCUUAAAUUUAUCAAUUAUAUAGAUUUUAUAUUUCAUCUGAUCUAUUGAAAUUAGAGAGAAUUCUAUACAAUUUGUUAAAUUUAACAUAUAGACACACUCCAUAGAAUGGUUAAAUUAAUUUAAAUCUAUUUAUAGAUAAAAUAAAUUCUUAGAUAAUUUUUGUAAUAAAUGGUAGUGAUAGUUUGUUUAAUGAUGAAGAGCUAUUCAAGAUAAAUUAAUGGAUAGUAUCUCAAGUAGAAUUUUAAUAUAAAAAAAAAUCAAUAACACUUAAGAAGGAGAUUAAGUUAUCCUUAGAAAUAACAAAUCAUUUAAUUAAUAUAUUAAGUGAUUAAGAAUAGCAUCUUUAAAUUUCUUCUUUUAAUAAUGGUACUGAAUUCAAAUUCAGAUUAAUCCUGAAAGAUAAUAAUAAAACAACAGAUGGAUCAUAAGAAUAAUUCACUAUUGGUUUCAUGCUAAAACAAAAGAGUAACAAAAGUGUAAAAAUUGGGACUACUAUAUAAAAAACUCGUAAAUCUAUGUUCAUUUAACUUGAAUCACUAUCACCUUUAAAUUCUUUCAAAGUCAUCAAUGAACCAUCAGCAAAUACACCAAUAGUUAUUCCAAUUAAUUAAGGAAAAAUGUACAAAAGUUCUGCCACUUUAAAAAGAAUUAAAUCAUCUUUUGCUAAUAAAGGAUUGAUGGACUAUGAUAAGAAAAUCUUGAUUGUUGAUGAUGAGCCAUUCAAUCAUGACAUAUUAAUUUUAAUGAUGAAGAAUAUGGGAUACAAUUAUUUCUUAAAAGCAUUUAAUGGUCAAUAAGCAAUUGAUUUAAUUAAGGAGAAAGAAGAAGAAAUAUCCAUUAUAAUUAUGGAUUUAGAUAUGCCUAUAAUGGGAGGAAUUGAAGUAUAUAUAUAGUAUAAUAAUUAUGAAGGCUACAAAAAUUUUAGUAGAAAUGAUGCUAGAUUAAAACCUAGUUUAUAUUCCAAUAAUUGGUUGCACUGCUCAUGAUGAUAAAGAAACUAUGGACAAAUGUAUAUAAGCUGGAAUGCUCUAUGUUGUUGUAAAACCAGUGUUUGUUAAAACUCUAAGAGAUGCUUUCUAACAAAUAACUAAUAUUGAUGAUACUAGAAGAAGAUCCUUAUUGUGUCUUACUUCUUAAUUUCAAAUUUGA